AUGGCUCUGCUCGGCGUCACCAACCUCACCAACGGCAGCGCGGAGAGCCCGCCGGCCGAGGACGACCCCCGGGACGAGCGCCUGGCGCGGGUGGAGAUCGCGCUCCUGUCCGUCAUCUUCAGCACCGCCGGGCUGCUGAACGGCGGGCUGCUGCUGGCGCUGUGGAGGCGCAGGAAGCAGCUCUCCAGGAUGCGCGUCUUCGUCUUCCACCUGUGCGUCGCGGACCUGGUGGUCACCUUCUUCCAGGUUUGCCCGCAGCUGCUGUGGGACAUCACGGACCGGUUCGUGGGUCCGGACGCGCUGUGCCGCGCGGUCAAGUACCUGCAGGUGGUCGGGAUGUUCGCCUCCACCUACAUGAUCGUGGCGAUGACCGUCGACCGCUACCAAGCCGUGUGCAAGCCCAUGGUGACGUUCCAGAGGCGCAGGGCGCGCUGGAACGGCCCGGUGUGCGCCGCCUGGUGCGUGUCCCUGCUGGGCGGCCUGCCGCAGCUCUUCAUCUUCUCCCGGGUGGAGGUCGCCCCGGGGGUGUACGACUGCUGGGCGCAGUUCGUCAAGCCGUGGGGGCUGCGAGCCUACGUGACCUGGACCACGCUGGUGAUCUUCGUGCUGCCCAUCCUCACCGUGGUCGCGUGCCAGGUGCGCAUCUGCCGCGCGGUGCGCGUCAACUUCCACGCGAAGACGCAGCACCCGGCGGGGGACAAGCCGCUGUCCUCGCGGGCCAGCAGCGCGGCGGGGGUGUCCAAGGCGCGCGUGAAGACGGUGAAGAUGACCGUGGUCAUCGUGGCGGCGUACGUCGCGUGCUGGACGCCGUUCUUCACCGUGCAGCUGUGGUCCGUGUGGGACUCCGAGGCGCCCACACACUCUGCGACCUUCACCAUCCUGAUGCUGCUGGGCAGCCUGAACAGCUGUGCCAACCCCUGCAUCUACCUGCUGUUCAGCGGGAAGCUGCCUCGGAGAGUGGCGACCCUGAUGUGCUCCCGCCGGCCCGACGCCAAGGAGGCCAUGCAGGAGGAGGCCACCAUGGUCAGCUCCCUCUACAUCAGCCUCAAAAGCCUGUCGGACUGCAGGUAG